AUGUUCGAUGUGGAGCACGUUAGGCAUGAGUUCGUGUAUCCGCUUGGCAUCGAAAACCCGAAAAAGAUGACGUACGGCGAGUUUAGAGAGAUGGGCCUCUCGCUUCGAGUCUAUUUGACGCAGAUGGGCGGGCAACCUGUGCACAAGACCCCGAUCGUCUACGAGCACCCAAAAAAGGGCAACCGGACGCUGUGCUUCAGUCUUCAAACGGCGGAAACGAUGCCAAAGCACGACUUCGACCUGCGCUUCUCCUCGUUGCCCGUCAAGCUGAAUAAGUCGUUUGGAGUAGACGGUCUAUUCGUAGAGCUGCCGUUCGCCGGGGCGCUCACCUUCCGAAAUGAGCAGCCGCUCUACGAUUCCGUGGUCUUCGAUCAGAAAAAUGACCAAUACUCGCUCAUGAUGAAGAUCACGCAACGCUGCCCCUUCCAACUCUUUGGCUACCUGUGCCAACGUAAUUGCAAGGAUAAGUGCGGCGAUCGGUCCUGCUCCGUCGCCAAUGGCGUCUGCAAGGAGCCGGAGGUCGUGAAGACGGACAAGGAUGAUUCAACUCCCAUCUGGAUGAUCGCUCUCUUCGUCGGCAUUCCAGUUGUGGGGUGUUGUUGCCUCACGUUUUGCUGUAUGGUACUGUGGGAAGCGAUUAAAAAGAAGAGGUCCUGCGGAAGGCAUCACAGUCAGACGUCGACGGUCGACGAUGAAAGCCGAGAGCAUCGCUCGAAGAACCACAAGAAGCACAAGAACCAUGCGCACGACACGACGACGGACAGUGAGGAGUCGCGCGAAUCGCAGAAGCGCAAGAAGAAGCACAAGGGCAAGCAC